AUGUCGAACCCAACCGAGAAAGCAGCCACUGAUCUCAAAGUGGCUGCAGACAUAGCAGAGACCUCUUCCGAAAGUAUCGUGUCUGGACCCAAGGAGACUCCUCAAGAUGUGGCAGACUCAUCAUCAUCCGCCCAGCAGGAGGAGCAGAAAGCACCUUCGUUUGAGAAGGACUAUAGGUUUUGGAUGAUCAUGCUCACGCUGUGCUUUUCCAUCAUGCUUGCGUCGCUUGAAGGCACCAUAGUGGUCACGUCACUCCCCUAUAUUGUUUCAGAGCUCAAGCUGGGGAGCAACUACAUUUGGGUGACCAAUGUGUUUCUCUUGACAAGCGCGGCAGUACAGCCCCUAUUCGGCCAAUUCUGCGAUCUUUUUGGGCGAAAGGCUGUUUUGAUAUCCGUUCUGGGCUUGUACGUUAUAGGGAGCGGUAUAUGUGGAGGCGCGACAACAGAAGCCAUGCUCAUCGCUGGCCGUACUAUCCAAGGCAUUGGAAGUGGUGGGUUGAACAUGUCUGGAGAAGUUAUCAUUUCAGACUUGGUGCCGCUGAGAUACCGUGGAAAAUAUGUCGCACUUUUACUGGUAGUUUCAACAGUUGGCUACUCGAUCGGCCCUUUUAUAGGAGGUGCCAUUGUUGAGAACUCGACUUGGCGAUGGGUCUUCUACCUGAACCUUCCUAUUGGGGGUGUUGGUAUGGUCUUUGCGUAUCUUUUUCUCAAUCUCCGGUACGACCGCGAGGAACGCAUCCUGUCCAAACUGAAACGAAUCGACUACCUGGGCAAUGCCAUCCUCAUGGCAUCCUCGGUAUCAGUCCUGAUUGCUCUGACUUGGGCUGGCCCUAUCUAUCCCUGGUCUGAUGCUCGGGUUCUCGUCCCGCUCUUGGUUGGGCUGGCAGGUCUCGUAGGCUUCUGUGUUUACGAGGGCUCAGGAAUACCCGAGGCGCCCGUCAUCCCACUGCGUCUGUUUCCAAACCGAACAUCAAUAAUUGUAUAUGUGAACUCAUUCUUGAUGCCCAUGCUUCAAUUUUGGUGCUUCUUCUACUUCCCAGUCUACUUUCAAGCGGUUCAGCUCUCUACACCGUCCUGGUCUGGUGUUCAGAUCCUUCCAAUCACACUUAUAGCAGUCCCUGGUGCAGCAGUAGCCUCCUUACUCCUGGCAAAGUUCGGCAAAUUCAAGGUACUGCACAUAUCAGGCAUGCUGCUCACCACAGUUGGUGUUGGGCUUAUUUCACUUCUCAAGACCGAUAGCAACACAGGCGUGUGGGUCGGAAUCCAAGUCAUGCCUGCUGUGGGAUCUGGGCUCCUUAUUUCUACUCUGCUCCCUGCGUUCCAAGCGUCCUUGGCAGAGAAAGACCAAGCUGCGGCAACAGCAACAUGGAGCUUUGUGAGGACAUUUGGAAUGGUAUGGGGCAUUGCUAUCGCGGGCACGGUCCUGAACUCCUUCACUAAGCAGUAUGCAUACAUGGUGGAUAAUGAGGUAGUGCGUGAACUACUUAGCAACGGAGAUGCUUAUGCCAGUGGCACUCAGCAUUUCGUGAUGCAGUUUCCUGAGCCGAUUCAAAGCCAGAUCCGGGAAGUCUUUCUGCUAGCAUUGCGAAAGGUUUUUAUCAUCUCCGUGGCAUUUGGAGGAACUGGUUUCAUUCUUGCUCUAUUUGAGAAAGACGUUCCUUUGAGAAAGGGCCUUGACACGGAGUAUGGCCUCGAGGAGAGGAAAAAGCCUGCUGGGGAAGAGGUUUAG